AUGGCCAUAUUGUUUCCCAUCAUACCGCAAACGUGCGACAUCGAGCGCAUGAAGAAAGGAGGUGAGCACUGGCAAUGGGACCCCGACGUCCCCUUCUAUCUCGGCGUGCUCCCCCGUCGCGGCGCCUCCAGCUCCGACGUGAAGUGGUUCCGCGCGCCCAACGCCUUUGCCGGGCACACCGUCAACGCAUUCGAAGACGCCAACGGCCACAUCUCCUUCGACCUGCCACUGUCAGAUAAGAAUGUCUUCUUCUGGUGGCCAGAUGCACAGGGAAACGCGCCCGCGCCCGAGUCGAUCUCCGCGCACCUCGUCCGUAUCACCUUCGGUCCUACGUCUUCCAAUCUCGAUCUCCCCCCGCAUGAAGUCCUCAUGGCGGAAGACUGCGAGUUCCCCCGCAUCGACGACAGAGUCCACGGGAAAGAACACGCUCAUGCUUUCUUCGACGUGAUGGACCCCAGCUUAGGCACGGAUUUCGCGACCAUCAUGCCCAGAAUGGGCGGUGGCCAUCCGCCGUACAAUGCUCUGGGGUAUCUGGAUUACGCGUCCAAGAAGGUGGCGAAGUACUUCCCCGGUCCCACGCAUUUAGUGCAAGAGCCUAUUUUCAUACAGAGGAAGGGCUCGGCUACGGCGGAGGGUGAUGGAUUCUUGGUGGCGCUUGUAAAUAAUUAUGCGUCGAUGGCGAGCGAGCUGCAUAUAGUUGAUACGAGGGAUUUUAGUAAGGCGCAGGCUGUGAUUCUUUUGCCGAUUCGUCUGAGGCAUGGGUUGCAUGGGAAUUGGGUGGAUGCUCAGGAGUUGGCUCUUUCUGGUUCUUAG